AUGCUAAAAGUUAUUAAGUUAGCAGUGCUGGGCACUAGUAAGGAAUUCUCCGGUGUUUUACAAAUUACGGUGCUAAAAAGUGUUAGAGACGCUGUUUUUAUAAAUACUUUGUGGAAAAACAACUUUGUACUGAGCAAAAUGAUAGAACUUUGUGGUAAAAUAUUGGUUGGAUUCAUUGCUGUCAAGAUAUGCUUGCAACUGUUCCAUUUAUUAUAUGUUUAUGUACUUGGUUCAUGCCCUAAUCUUAAACGUUAUGGAGAUUGGUCAGUGGUUACCGGGGCAACGGAUGGUAUAGGCCGUGCCUUUGCUGAAAAUUUGGCAAAGAAAGGACAAAAUAUUGUUUUGAUCAGCAGAAAUCCUGAAAAGCUAAAAAAUGUCGCUGCUGAAAUAGAAUCAAAGUAUCAAGUUGAAACAAGAACAAUUCAAGCAGAUUUUUCAUCAUCUGAUAUUUAUGAAAACAUAGGAAAAGAAAUUUCGGGGUUGGACAUUGGACUUUUGGUUAAUAAUGUUGGAAUUUCUUAUGAUUUUCCUGAAGAAUUAAUGAGUGUUACUGGUCUAACUAGUUUCAUGAAAUCCACUAUGGCUAUCAAUGUAACAUCUGUUCUAGGCAUGACAGAAGUAGUUAUGCCAGCCAUGCUUAAAAAGCGUAAAGGAAUCAUUUUAAAUGUUUCUUCUGCUGCCGCGUUGCAGCCUACUCCAUUGUUAACAAUAUAUUCCGCAUCUAAACUAUUUGUUGACUGUUUUUCUCAAGCUCUUGGCUUUGAAUAUAGCAAAAGUGGAAUAACAAUUCAAACUGUUAUGCCUUUUUAUGUGACCACAAAAUUAUCAAAAAUCAGAAAGUCCAGUUUUUUUGUCCCCACCCCUGAUAGUUAUGUAGCUUCAACUCUUAAAACUAUUGGCCGAUCCCGUCGUACAUUUGGAUGUCUGUCCCAUGCUCUACAAGCCAUGCUGAUGUCCCUAGCACCAGAAUACAUUCGAAUGUUUGUUGCUGCUAAAAUGAACUAUGGCGUCCGUGCUCAUGCUCUUAAAAAGAGAGCAAAGGCAACUAAGUCAUCCUAA